CUCGUGACCUUUGAAGGUUGAAAACCCACGAAAACAAACGAAUGGACAAAUUACGAAAUUAAUUUUAUUUUUAGGCUCUCUAGUAAGCUUUUUAAAUAAGUAAAGCAUGUCGUCGAAUGAGAACGAGGAGUUAGAUAAAAAUGUGAAGACAGGACAGUACAAAUUGUUCCUACGUGAAAAACUUCUGCCAUUUUUAUACAAACAAUUUAUGACGAUAACCAUUGUUGUCUUUGUUGCUGUUGGAUUCAUUUUACCUGAGCCUGGAAAUUGGGUUGGCAGUUUUAAAGGAUCAUCAUAUAUUUGUGUUAUUGUUGUAUUUCUUCAUUCUGGCUUGAAAUUGAAAACGGAUGCAUUAAAAAGUGCAAUAAAGCAAUGGAAAGUUUUAUUUGGUAUUACAAGUAUUUUGCUUAUAUCAACAUUAAUUGGAACUAAACUUUCCCAACUUUUACCGUUUGGAGAAAGUGUUGGCACAGAGAAUACUGCUAACCACACAUCUAGGGAAAGUAUUGUUGGUCCGCAUGAAUUCCUUCUUGGUUUAAAGUUUUAUUACAUAUCUCCUUCUGCAAUUGCUACUGGAGUAGUUUUGACAUCUUUAGCCGGAGGUGAUGUGACUGUUGCAUUGCUACUUACAGUGACCACAAAUACUUUAGGAGUUGUGACAGUUCCUUUAAUGGCAACAUGGCUGGUUUCUGUAAAAAAUGUUAAAAUUGAUGAAGUUUCAUUGCUUGUUAAGCUCCUUUGUACAGUUCUAGUCCCACUUAUUGUUGGAAAAAUAAUGGCACAGAUCAAGAGAGUAAACACAUUUGUACAAGAUAACACAAAGAUUCUAAAGUUAAUAAGUAUUGUAUUUCUGGUUUUUAUACCUUGGAUGAAGAUAAGUCAGGCAAAACUUUCUGGAUCAUUUAAAACAGUUACUUUUUUAAAUCUGUUUAUUGUUGUGUUGUGGGGUCUGGCACUGCAUAUACUUAUUCUUGUGAUAAACUAUAUUGGUGCACGUCUGAUACAAGUCAGUGUUCCUGUGAGGAAAGCAAUAGUUAUCUUAGCAAGUACAAAGACUUUGGCUAUCACCUUAUCAGUGAUUAGUUUUUUACCAUCAAACGUUGGCAAUGCUGGUGUUAUGAGUUUACCUAUUACAUUAAUGCAUGUUGUGAUACUUAUAUUUGAUUCGUUGUGGGUGGUUCAUUGGAAAUCUUCUGAAACAGUUAACAAUGAUUCCAAUGAUUUGUUAAUAACUUCAGACAUUGAGCACAGUUCUUAUAGUGUGGUUUACGUCUCUUCAUUGUAGGUUUAUAAAAGUAAAGGAUGAUUUGAGCAAAUAUGAGUUUUAUGAAAUACUUAUUUACUAUGGUGUAGAGUAGACAACGCUCAAGUUCUCUCGAUGUGCCACGUAUAUUUCCGAACAUUAAGAUAUUUAUUUUUAUGAGUGAAUGAGUAUAGAAAUAUCUAGACUAAAAUAAAGGAUCUUGCCCAAGUCUUAUCCUCUAUAAUCAUUAUUAUCGACAAAGCAAGUAUUUUUACGUUUGAUGAAAAACAGCAAUAUAAACCAUUCGAACUAUUAACUUAUAGCUUAAACGUAAAUAUGUUCAUGGAAUUUAAUCCCGACAAUGGACCCCAACCUAUUCGCUUGAUUUCCUGUCAAUUAGAAUCAAAGCAUUUGGUAUUGGAUGAAACAAUGUGAAUUUUGUGAUUCAAUAAUGUGGAAGCACCUAUAAAUUUUGACCUUUGAAGUGUACGUAUGUACAACAAAGGGAAGAGGUUUCUCAUUAUUUACGGCGGGAGUAGGUUUCGUGUAUUUUCAUUUUUCUUGCGUGAUAUCGAUGAUAUUGUUUCGAAAAUCUUUGUUUACAUGACAUGUGUCUAUGUGAGCAUCAUUGAGCAAUGAUAGAAGUUGAGAUGGCGGAAGAUUCAAGCUUAAUUCAGUCGAUCAUUGACGAUCUUAAGGGCACUUCGCCGCUUUGGGAAGAUUUUGUAUGCAAAGGCUCGAAAUUUCAUGUUGCUCUACGUUCGGCAGUAGUUACUUUCGAGGCAUUUCUUGAUUCUAUGACGAAAAUAGCUGAUGCGGCAACGUUUUCUAAAGGGGCUGCCAAAGAUGUUGGAGGGACUUUGACCAAAAUGGUUUACAAGCAUCGUAAUAUCAUGCAGAAAUUGAAAGUUCUUUCCGGGCUAUUUGGAGAUAAUUUUCUCAUACCUCUUCAAGAGAAGAUUGACGAAUGGAAAAAGUCAGUUAACAUUUUUGAUAAGGAAAACUCGAAAG